AUGAGGCUGUUGCGGCGGCUUCCAUUUCCUCUUCCUCGCGCUCGGCCUCGGCGGCCCAGAGCUUCCCUAGUCUCCGCGAAUCCGUCACCGCGAAGCCCUCCUCCCGGGUUCUCCAGUUACGGCCGCUCCGGCGGCCCUCCUCCCAGAAGGGGCCAGGAUGAUUUCAACGAUGGCGGGUCGUGGGGUGCUGGUGGCGCUGUGAGACGGCAGUAUGGCGGUGAUUACGAUGACGAACGACGGCCCUCCUCACUGUAG